AUGUCGAAUCGCAAUCCCCCACAGGAAGAUAGCUGGGCCUGGGUAAAGAUCGGAGACCCCUUCCCCGACAAUCCAGUCAAGGUUCUAGGACAGCAGAACAUGUAUGUUGCUCUAUGGUACAAACAUGGAAAGGUAAUCUCAUCUUUUUACAUUCCUUGAACCGUUGAUACGCCGAUUAUAAUACUUUCAGCCCAUUCAUGGUCGAGCUUGGAACAAUGGUGGAGUUGUUGAAUGCUCAUUUCCCUACUCCAAGGUUGAAUUAACAGGAGCCCGUGAUCUCGGUGGUCAGAUUCAAGUCCUCCAAUACAAAGGAAACCAUGUUGAACUUGGCUAUUGGUACAACUGGAUCAAAUACAGUGAACGCCAGGAGAAGUUCGCCAAGACCGACUCUUAUCAGGCAGUGCGGUGCGGGGAAUCUUUCCCCAUUCUUUGGGCUGAUCGACCUCAAGGAGCUCUGUUGGGCUAUGUGGAUAACAGUACCGAGCAGGCUCUCUUCUCCCAUGACAAGAUCGCUGAGCCCAAAAAAGGACCCGAACUCAACAACAUGUUGAUGAUCGUCCGGGAGUUGAAGGGAGGACCGCCGUCUUGUGAUUGUGCUGCUUGCCCCAAGAAUCGUCCAGUGGUUCGUGUUAUGCUCAACGAAUGGGCUGACUUCAGAGCUGGAGAUCCCUUCCCUCCCGCGAAGUGUGUCCGCGCUCUCUUCAGGUCUCUGAACACAUUGCCAGGAGAGAAUCCAGAUCAAUACGUCGCUUUGUGGUAUCAACAGGGAGAAGUGGGUUUGAAAACAGCCGUGUCGUUGAUUGUUUUCUUGCAUAAUUUAGCCAGUUAUGGGUCGUGUCUGGAACGAAAAUGGCAAGAUCGCCGCCAACUUCUCUUGGGGAGGCCAUGAGUACAAGAACAACAUCGGAUCCCUUCAGGUAUACCAUGUGAUGUCUUUACAUCCCAAAAAUUCUAGGUUCUCUUCGAAAUGCCCGAGCACGUUCGCGGUUUCGACUAUGAUUGGCGUCCAUUCCCAGAAGCCGCCGUCUUCGGAGCCAAGGAAUGGCAUCCGGUUCAUGUCAACUUCUACAAAGGAGACAUCAGUCCUGGUGUUAUCAUGGUCAAUGGAAAGGAGAUCCUUGGAAAGGUGGACAUCAAGAACGAGAGAGCCUGUUUCGGUCAAGGAGGUACUGAAGUGGUUCAAGUCGGAUCUGCCGUCCACUCUUGCAAAGUCUUGUGCAGAAAGGCCAGACCUGGAUGUAAAUUUGAUUAG